AUGUUUUACACACAGGUUCUAAGAUCGGCUGCUGCAGCUGCUCGUGCUACUAGCAGAAAUCAUAAUAGUCAGUCAUGGGCAGUCAGUGAGGCUAAGAGACUAACGCCUGCUAUAUUAGGAUGGGGUGGAUUUUUAGCUGGUUGUUUGGGAUGGCCAUUUGCUAUCAAGCACUUUAUGUCGGCCAACUAG